GCGCACAAUUUUCCCACUGAAUUUCAGAGCGGGCAACGACUUCCAAUCUAUCGCGACUCGACCUCUCUUUUCUCGUGACAACGACAAUCUCUCCAGCCGGACAACCUUCGCGACAACCUCGACAACUCCACCAACCCACCAAACCGUCACCAUGGGUCGUCUUCACAGCUCCGGAAAGGGCAUCAGCUCUUCAGCUACCCCCUACAGCCGUACUCCCCCGUCUUGGUUGAAGACCACUCCCGACCAGGUCGUUGACCAGAUCUGCAAGUUGGCCAAGCGUGGAGCCACCCCCUCGCAGAUCGGUGUCAUCCUCCGUGACUCCCACGGAAUUGCCCAGGUCCGAUUCGUCACCGGCAACAAGAUUCUGCGAAUCCUCAAGUCCAGCGGUCUGGCUCCUGAGAUGCCCGAGGAUCUCUACAUGUUGAUCAAGAAGGCUGUUGCCGUUAGAAAGCACUUGGAGCGUAACCGCAAGGACAAGGACUCCAAGUUCCGUCUGAUUCUCAUUGAGUCCCGUAUCCACCGUCUUGCCCGUUACUACAAGACCGUCGGUGUCCUUCCCCCUACCUGGAAGUACGAGUCCGCCACUGCCAGCACCAUCGUUGCAUAAGCGGUCCCUUGAUACAAGGGUUGGUCUUGGUUCUGCAUGAAGUGCUUGGUCAUGGAGUUUUACGGAAAGGAAACCAUUUGCUUUUAAGGCAAAAAGUCAUGAACGGUUUUCACGAAUAGAUAGCCGUAAAUUUUCACGUAGAGAUGUCAAAUGACAAUCUCAUGAACUGUACGAUUGCAGAA